AUGGAGAAAGUUUUAAGACCACAACGUUUUGACACCAAUCCUAACGCUCAAGACGCUGCUAGAUCGUGGUUGCACUGGUUUGCUACUUUCCAAAAUUUUGUAGCUGCUAUACCUAACGAAGAAGUGAACAAAUUAAAGGUUCUAGUCAAUUAUGUUUCUACCGACGUUUAUCAACUUUUCUGUGAAGCGACAACCUACGAGGAAGCUAUAGAAUUGUUAAAAAAUCUCUAUGUUAAGGUUCCUAAUGAGAUAUUUUCGCGACAUAAGUUAGCUACUCGUAAACAACAAUCUGGCGAGAGCCUGGAUGAGUAUUUGCAAGAAUUAAAAUCGCUAAGCAAAGAUUGUAAUUUUCGUAGCGUGACAUCAAAUCAAUAUCGAGACGAGGCUGUACGAGACGCGUUUAUAGCAGACGGAAUUCCAAUAACAGCUGCUGCUCUAUCAAACAAGGACGGGGAGAAUUCGUUUAUUAAUCAACGGGCAUUCGAAAACCAAGAUAAAACUGAUCAAUCUGACGGACAUCAAGAGAACAACGGCAUAGUAAGGUAUGUUGCCGCCUCUUCUAGAUCAGCGAAAUGUUUCUUCUGCGGUAAUCCACCACACCAUCGUUCCGCAUGCCCGGCUAAAGACGCCUAUUGUUAUAAAUGUAAAAAGAAAGGACAUUUCCAAAGAGUAUGUAAAUCGGUCGCUCCUCAGGCUUCGUAUAUAGCAUUAGCAUCAACUAAACAUACAGUAGCAAAGUCACUAAAGAAAGCCUGUAUUGAUGUCUUGAUUAAUGGAAAAUCUUGCGAAGCUCUAAUUGAUUCGGGAAGUAGACAUAAUUUUAUACAUCCUAAAGUUGCAAGUAAUCUGGGAUUGAACGUUUAUACAACCCAAGAGAAAGUAACAAUGGCUGCAUCCUCGUUUUCCUCUAAAAUUCAAGGCUAUUGUCUUGCAGAUAUUAUACUUAAAGAGCGAGAGUAUGCGAAAGUAAAACUGUUUGUCUUAACAAAUUUAUGUAUGAACGUGAUAUUAGGACAAAAUUGGCAGGAAAAACAUGAAAGCAUAAUUAUUGAGUAUGGGGGAAAAUCGCCCUCUUUAACGAUAUGUGGUUUAUCAACUAUAAAUAUAGGGCCACCGCCGUUGUUUCAAUUUUUGUCUGAAGAUUGUAGACCGGUAGCUGCAAAAUCACGAAGAUACAGUGCCGAAGACAGAGCGUUCAUCGCAACAGAAGUGUCGAAAUUGCUUGAAGAAGGGAUUAUUGAAGAAAGUGACUCUCCCUGGAGAGCCCAAGUCGUUGUAACCAAGAACGAAAGACAAAAGAAAAGACUAGUAAUCGAUUACUCUGAAACAAUUAAUAAAUUUACUCAGUUGGACGCUUAUCCGAUGCCAAGAAUAGAUGAUACAGUAAACACAGUUGCCCAAUAUAGUGUCUUUAGCACUGUAGAUCGUAGAAGUGCAUACCAUUAA